AUGCAGAUGCAAUCCUAUCUCAAAGCUUUCAAUCUUUGGGAAGUGGUGGAGACAGGAAUUGAACCAAUACAAAGGCAUGCUAAUCUAACUCUGGCUCAAAUAAGGCAGUUUGAAGAAGACAAGGCAAAGAGGUAUAAGGCUCUUUCUUGCGUACAAUUUGUAAAUUUUUAUGAGAUAUUUGCUAGAAUAAUGCACUUAGAUAACCCGAAGGAAGUUUGGGAUCAUUCAAAAGAGGAAUUCCAUGGUAGUGAUAAAACUAGGAGAAUUCAAGCCUUAAAUCUGUUUAGACAAUUUGAGAUGCUGACAAUGGAUGAUAAUGAAACUAUCAAGGAGUUUUUUGGGAAGAUGAUGGGAAUAGUGAACCAGCUUAGGUUGCUUGGAAAAGAAAUGGAUAAGGAAAGAGGAUUUAGAGCAGAGCAGAGAAGAGCUUUUAGGCAAAAAAGGCUCACUGAGAAUGCCUUAGUUGUCAAAACAAAGAAUAAGAAGCUUGGUAGCAGUAUCUUUAAAAGGAAUGAAGCUAACAGGAAAGACAAAGGGAGGAAGGUUGAUGAAAAGAGACAUGGGGAUCAUAAGAAAACGUUUCCACCAUAUUCUCAUGGCAAAAAAACAAAUCAUAUAGAAAAAUUUUGUUGGUUUAAGCCGAAUGUUGAGUGCAAGAAGUGUCACCAGCAAGGACAUGUGGAGAAGGUCUGUAAAAACAAAGUUAAAAAUGUGAUGAGAAAGCUGCUGUGGUUGAAAAGCUUGAAGUUGAAGAUGAGGUUUUUUUUUAUGGCUAAAAAUGUAGAUAGUGAAGAGGAAAAGAAUACCUGGCUGUUGGAUAGCGGUUGUUCAAAUCAUCUAACUGGAUGCAAGGAUAACUUCAUUAAUCUAGAUUCUAGUUUUAGAACAAAAAUAGAGGUUGGAAAUGGAGAUUUUCUUCUAAUCCUUGGUAUAGGAACUGUUGGUGUUCAUACUCCUGCAAGUAGAAGAUUGAUUUAUCAUGUUUAUUUUGCUCUUGAUGUUAGUCAGAAUCUAUUGAUUAUAGGACAAUUGAUUGAUGACAACUACAUGCUUGUCUUUAAGGAUAGGGCCUGCACUGUUAGUGACCCUACUGGCAUUGAAUUGUUCACAAUAGGUAUGAGAAACAGAUGUUUUCCUUUGAAUUGGAUGAAGCUUAAGUAG